GAAUAUUAUUAAUAGCAAUAAAAGAAACGACUUCAAACCAGAUUCCUGCGCAUUCCUAAUCAAUAUCUUCGAAAUUAAGCGCAAUAUACCACAAAAAGGCGGAGAUGUCAUUCAACCGUGCCCGUAAAGGUGGGCGGACUGGAGUGUCCCCCCCUCUGCCAAUGGCAAAGCACCGACACAAGACCCGAAAUCCCUAAAAUCAGCCGUCAGCCCGCGGCGGGGAGCACACUCUGAAUUAGCCCCUAUCGCGCAGGAGAUGACGGAUCGUGUCUCCGCGCCCGCAGCUCACGCACGGAUCGCGGCGCGCCGAGCAGCAGCGUAACGUCACGACAAAACUUCAGAAGUUCGCUUUCUCCACGCGCUCUCUUCAAUGUCACCAUGCGCAGCAUCUCAUCCUGCGGUGCAUUGCUGUCAGUCUACUACCCCCAGAUCUUCCUCAUCCUCACCAGCGGCAGCUACCUGGCUUUGUCUUCAGUUGUGGCUUUGGGCGCGAACAUCAUCUGCAACAAGAUUCCCGGCCUGGCCCCCCGACAGCGUGCCAUCUGCCAGAGCCGCCCAGAUGCCAUCAUCGUCAUUGGAGAGGGCGCUCAGCUGGGCAUCAACGAGUGCCAGUAUCAGUUUCGCUACGGACGGUGGAACUGCUCUGCCCUUGGCGAGAGGACCGUCUUUGGGCAAGAGCUGAGAGUAGGUAGCAAGGAGGCUGCAUUUACCUACGCCAUCACAGCAGCAGGUGUUGCCCACGCUGUGACAGCAGCCUGUAGCCAGGGCAACCUGAGCCACUGCGGCUGUGAUAGAGAAAAGCAGGGCUAUCAUGACCAGGAGGAGGGCUGGAAAUGGGGCGGCUGUUCAGCAGACGUCAAAUAUGGGGUGGAGUUCUCAAGACGCUUUGUGGAUGCCAGAGAGGUUAAAAAAAAUGCAAGGAGACUAAUGAACCUGCACAAUAAUGAAGCAGGACGAAAGGUUCUAGAGGAAAGGAUGAAGCUUGAAUGUAAGUGCCAUGGCGUCUCCGGCUCAUGCACCACAAAAACCUGCUGGACGACUUUGCCGAAAUUUAGAGAGAUCGGCUACUUACUUAAGGAGCGUUAUACCACUGCGGUUGAGGUGGAGGCUGUGAGAGCCACGCGUUUUCGCCAACCCUCCUUCUUGCGCCUCAAGCAGUCCCGUGGGUACAUAAAGCCCACCGACACAGACUUGGUUUACUUAGAGCGUUCACCCAACUAUUGCGAGGAAGACGCUGCAACGGGGAGCGCGGGAACGAGAGGGCGCCUGUGUAACCACACGUCUCCUCACACGGACGGCUGCAACCUGAUGUGCUGCGGCCGAGGCCACAACACCCACCAGUACACGCGCGUAUGGCAGUGCAACUGCAAGUUCCAAUGGUGCUGCUUCGUUAAGUGCAACACCUGCAGUGAAAAGACAGAGGUGUUCACCUGUAAAUGAGCGAGUGGAAGAGUUGAAAAGACAAGGAAGAAAGGCAAGAAGCCAAUGGAGAGAAACAGGAAGUGUUUGAAAGAGAAAUGGAAGUGUCGAACAUAUACACGGCUUCGUUUUGCACAUCAGGCAGUCUUUAUGCAAGAAAGGUCAUUGCCGAGGGAGAUGGGGAUGAAUAAUGAAGAUGCUGGAACUUUAGAGGAAAUUGCACUGAACUCAGACUGACUGUUUUGUGAUUUCAUGCAAACAUGUGGACGCUACAUAUGCAGUGCAAGGCUUUAGUUCUCAGAUGCUCACAGACUUGAGGAAGGUCACCUGAGGUCUAAAACAUAGACUCAAAACUCUUAUCGGACAGUCUAAACUGCCCACAAAAGUGACUUCUCUAUUUUUUUUUUUCAAAUUAAAGAAAGCUUAUUACAAAGACAACUUGUAAAAGAUGUAAAAUGUCCCACCAGUUGAGCCCCUAUGGGAGUUCAAGAGGAAAGAUGUGCUGCAACUCUGGAAACGCUGGAAAGCUUUAAACGUUCGGUCACACUGUAUCUGUUUGAACACUGAAAAAAAAAUACCUUUUUUCCUUCUCUUUGGAGAAAAAAAAAGACUGCAAAUGUUUAUACUGUAGUUGUCUCAUAAUGGUAUACAGAGGUGUAAACUUCUAAUAUCAUUGCUACUGAUCUGUUGCUUCUAAAAUACAACCCGAAACAAUACAGGACAUUGUGUAUGUAAAAAGAGCUUCUUUACUCCUGAAUUACUAUUGCAGUUGAUCGAUAGGAAAGUGGUCAGCUCAUUUCUACACUUGGGAAUCAUCAUCAUUUUGGUGAAUACGUUGCCAUUUGCUUCACUGGUGGUUGUGAUGCAUACUGUUGGCUUUUUUUGAAAACUUUUUUUUUUAUGAAGAGAGAAGCUUCCUUAGUCGUAUCAAGACUUGGCCAUGUAUGCUGCAUUGUCUAACCAUGUGUGGGAACGUAAGAGAGAGAGCUUUCAGAUACUUCAUAGAACUGCAAUAGGACCCACCACCAUUUGAGUGACCGACCAUUCCCACGAAUGCCAGAGACAUGGGAUUCCACAUCACUGGUCCGUCUAGUUAUAUUCUGAAAAUGGUUAAAAGGUCACUGGAAAUAUUUUGAGUAGCAACAUUUUUUUAAUCUAAAUUGUUUAUACAAGUUAUAUGGCUGGCAAAUUUGUUAAAAUAUAUUUUUUUAUGUAGAGAAUAUGGCACUUUAUGUCAGGUAUAUUCAGAGUAAUUAUUAAUACUAUUUUCCUUGUCAUAUUUUUAUUGUUUAAUUGCAGAUCUACAUUUUUUGUCCUGAUAUAAUGAUGUAAACUGUUUUUUUAUUAUUAUUAUUUUUCCUGAGUUCCCCAUAAUUUCCUUUUCAAGUUUGAUAUGAAACCAUCUCAUCUUUUUGUAGCCUGGUUGUAUUUAUACUUUUUUUUUUUUUUUUGAAGAGAUGUACAGUAAAAUCACUAGAUAAAUAAAUGAAUCAAACAGUUUGGAUCAAAUACAUUCAGCUGUGUUCAUCUUAUUACUAGGCAAAAUGUUGUUGCUAAACACACGUCAACAUCUUGCUCAAUCGACUCACUAGACCCUGCGUAAAGUUUCUUCCCAGAUGCACGGAGCGAGGCGUGGGUGUAGAUACUGCGAAACGCUGAUCUCGGAGUGACGCAGAUCUGCUCCCGCCUGGGUUUGAAUAGGCAUCCGACCUGGCUCAUUCAUUCACCCGCCGUAUGCUCUCUGCCCCUCUGGUCUUUUUCCUGUGUGUGAAAAGCAUUGCAGGCAGCCACCGGAGCAGAAGUAAAUAGGACCUGUUUUGUUAGCUGUCUGAACUGCUGGGUACCGGAACCGCGUAAGCUCCCAACACUAUACCCCGGAUUGAGAGAAAAGUCAACCCGAUUGUUUCGCACAAACAUUUUGUCAUUAAAAAAUAUGAGGCAGAAAAAACAGGGUGUUGUGGGGAAAGUAGAGGCCUCCAUUGAGGGGUAUUAAAGCUACGGGGGUGUGUGUGUGUGGACCACUCAGCUCAUUCCAGGACAGGAUGGGGCGAGAUGUGAUUCUGCAAGCUAAUACUUCUGGUCUGAUUCACUUGGGACAAACUAAGUGCAGAACUAGAUGGCUACAAGGGCAAAAAAAAAAAAGUGGUGUGGGAUACACCAAGAGAGAAAUAACUGAUGACUGGUAUCUGGUCGGUUUGGGAUAGGUUGCUAAUGUCCUGUGUAGAUUAUGCUGGACAGUAAACAUACAUUACAAUCAAUAAGAAUCUAGAGUGAAAUCCCUGUUCCUAAAAUAUAAAAGCAGCUAUUUUCCUGUGUAAAGACCCAUUUAUACUGGGUCUUUAUAUAUAAGUAUGAAGAGGAUGCAUUACAAUAGUAGCCCUAUAUAUACACUCACCAGCCACUUUAUUAGGUACACCUUGCUAGCACCUUUUGCCUUCAAAACUGCCUUAAUUCUUUGUGGCAUUGAUUCAACAAGGUUCUGGAAACAUUCCACAGAGAUACUGACAUCACGCAUUUGCUGCAGAUUUGUUGGCUGCACCUCCAUGAUGCGAAUCUCUCGUUCCACCACAUCCUAAAAGUGCUCUGUUGGAUUGAGAUCUGAUGACUGUGGAGGCCAUUUGAGUAUAGUCAACUCAUUGUCAUGUUCAAGAAACCAGUUUGAGAUGAUUUGAGCUUUGUGACAUGGUGCAUUAUCCUGCUGGAAGUAGCCAUCAGAAGAUGGGGACGCUGUGGUCAUAAAGGGAUGGAGGACAUGGUCAGCAACAAUUCUUAGGUAGGCUGUGGUGUAUAAACGAUGCUCAAUUGGUACUAAGGGGCCUAAAGUGUGCCAAGAAAAUCUCCCCCACACCAUUACACCACCAACACCAGCCUGAACCGUUGAUACAAGGCAGGAUGGAUCCAUGCUUUCAUGUUGUUUACGCCAAAUUCUGAUCCUAUCAUCUGAACAACCAGGCAGAAAUUGAGACUCAUCAGACCAGGCAAUGUUUUUCCAGUCUUCCAAUUUUGGUAAGCCCGUUCGAAUUGCAUCCUCAGUUUCCUGUUCUUAGCUGACAGGAGAGACACCCAGUGUGGUCUUCUGCUGCUGUAGCCCAUCUGCUUCAAGGUUCGAUGUGUUGUGCGUUCAGAGAUGCUCUUCUGCAACGAGUGGUUAUUUGGGUGACUGUUGCCUUUCUAUCAGCUUGAACCAGUCUGGUCAUUCUCCAUCAACAAGGCAUUUUCACCCAGAGAAUUGUCGGAUAUUUUCUAUCUAUAUUUUCUAUUUUUUGGACUAUUCUCUGUAAACCCUAGAGAUGGUUGUGUGUGAAAAUCCCAGUAGAUCAGCAGUCUCUGAAACACUCAGACCAGCCCGUCUGGGACCAACAACCAUGCCAUGUUCAAAGUCACUUAAAUCACCUUUCUCCCAUUCUAAUGCUCAGUUUGAACUUCAGCAGAUCAUCCUGACCAUGUCUACAUGCCCAAAUGUACUGAGUUGCUGCCAUGUGAUUGGCUGUUUAGAUAUUUGCGUUAACGAGCAGUUGAAAAUGUAC